AUGGCCCCGGAGCAUCUUCCUGCGAGCCAACUCGGCACAAAAGAAUACUGGGAGCAAGCAUAUGCGAACGAGAUUGUAAACCAUCAGGCCGAACCUUCGGAUGAAGGAACAGUGUGGUUCUCGGAUGCUGCAGCUGAGGAGCGAGUACUCGAUUUUCUGGAGUCAUUGUCCGAUGAGGGAGUGCUUUCGAAAAGUACGGCAUCAUUCGUUGAUAUUGGCACCGGAAAUGGCCAUAUGCUCUUUAGUCUCCGUGAAGAAGGCUGGGAAGGAAGUCUGGUUGGUGUGGACUACAGCCAGCAGAGCAUAGAUUUGGCAAUUCAGAUUGUUGAUUCCAAAACGAGGGGUAUUGUAAUCGACGACAACGUCCCUCCCGACCGACUUGCACUUCAAUUCCGAAAGUGGGAUAUCAUGAAAGACCCUCCUGGGGAUUGGUUUCCCCCUGAAGAUGGACUUGAUGUUGCCCUUGAUAAAGGGACGUUCGAUGCUAUCAGUCUUUCUAGCGAGCUAGAUGAACAAGGUCGCCGGUUAUGUGAAGGCUACGGUGACCGGCUCCAGCGAUUGGUGAGACCGGGAGGUCUUCUCAUUAUUACAAGCUGCAACUGGACGGAAGAUGAGGUCAUUUCGUGGCUCAUCUCUGACGAGAGCAAUCUGGUUUUAAGGGAUCGCAUCAAAUAUCCGACUUAUACGUUCGGAGGAAGAAGUGGUCAACAAGUUGUCACUCUAUGUUUCCAAAAGGAUGAAAAAGCGUAA